AUGCCGGAAGUUUGACCUUCGGCGCGUUGAGUCCGAACCUACGCGGGAGAAGCGGAUCACAGACACGCCGGUGCUUAGGAGGAACUUUAAAAAUGGAAGCUGACACCGCCGUCCGGAGGCUCAAAUCCUCAUUAAAUAACGUGUCUCAUGAAAACAGCGGCACUGCGAAGCGCCGUGAAGGCAGCGGUUGUGAGGAAGAGAAGAAGAAUCACCAGGGCGCGUUCGUGUUAAGCGAGGGAGUCGCGUGCGCGCUCGUGCUUGUGUUCAUAUGCGCGCUCUGGCUCUCCGUGCACUGGUCUUUAAAGCAGCUCGUGAUAGGACAGUCCACCGGCGAGUUCAACGCCACCAGGGCAAGGAAGUACCUGGAGCGCAUCACCAGUGUGGGGCCUCGACCCGCAGGCAGUGCUGAGAAUGAAAUCAUGACUGUGAACUUCCUGUUGGAGCAGUUGGAGAGGGUGCGGAGCGAGAGCGUAGAUGGGCCCAACACCAUCACAGUGGAGACGCGCAAACACAGCGGCUCGUUUAGCAUCGACUUCCUGGGCGGAUUCACCAGCUGCUACGAUCAAAUCACUAACAUCGUGGUCCGUCUCGAACCCAGAGGUGGAGCUGAACACUUCGUACUGGCUAACUGCCAUUUUGACAGUGUGCCCAACAGUCCAGGAGCAAGCGAUGAUGCAGUAAGCUGUGCCGUGAUGCUGGAGGUGUUUCAGUCGAUAUCCAAUUUUUCUAUUCCUCUAAAUCACGGCGUAAUCUUUCUCUUUAACGGAGCCGAGGAGAACGUCCUUCAGGCGAGUCAUGGCUUUAUCACUCAGCAUGAGUGGGUGAAGCAGAUCAGAGCGUUUGUGAAUUUGGAGGCUGCUGGAGUUGGGGGAAAGGAGCUGGUAUUCCAGACAGGUCCAGAAAACCCGUGGUUGGUUCAAGCAUAUGUUCAUGCUGUAAAACACCCUUUUGCCUCCGUCGUCGGGCAGGAAGUUUUCCAAAGCGGCAUUAUUCCCUCAGACACCGACUUCCGCAUCUUCAGAGACUUUGGCAGCAUUCCUGGGAUUGACCUGGCCUUCAUUGAGAAUGGUUAUAUCUACCACACCAAGUACGACACUGCAGAUCGCAUCCUCACAGACUCCAUUCAGCGAGCAGGUGACAAUAUCCUGGCACUUCUGAAGCGUCUGGUCACCACGGAAACGCUGGCUGACCCCUCAGAAUAUCGCCAUGGUAGCAUGGUGUUUUUCGAUGUCCUGGGUGUAACUAUGGUGGCGUAUCCUGCACGAGUCGGUUCUAUCAUCAACUACAUGGUUGCCAUAGCAACUCUUAUCUACCUUGCUAAGAAAUGUCUACGCACUAGCAGUUUGGGUGGCCGGUACGUGUUGGAUCUAGUGUACGGCUCGUGUGUGUUCGUGCUCAGCUGGUUCGUGGCGCUGCUCACAGUCCUGAUUGUGGCGCUGAUAGUCACACUGAUGGGACGCUCCAUGUUCUGGUUCACUCACUUUCACACCUCCAUCCUCUUAUACGGAUCUGUUGCAGCUGGAAAGAUACUUCUGAUUCACACUCUCGCCAAAAACCUCUAUUACAGAAAUAUGCGGAGGUUGGAUCUGGGCGACCUGUUUUUCGACGUCAGUCUGCUAUUGUGGUGCUGUGCCCUUGUUUUUCUCACCCAGCGUGGUCUGUGCUCGGCGUACGUUCCCAUGAUCAUGGUGUUUUUCCCUCUCGCCACCAAGCUGCUGCUCUCCAGACACUAUGCACAAAAAGGUGUAUCAAAGUCAUACAUCCUCUUCUACCUGUUGGGGUUGUCUCUUCCCUACGUUCACCUGCUGUUCCUUAUCUGGAUCGUUUUUGAGAUUUUCACACCCAUUAUGGGGCGCAGCGGCACUGAAAUCCCACCCGACGUGGUGCUCGCGUCACUCAUCGCUAUGGCAACUGCCUUACUCUCCUCGUUUUUGAUUCAUUUCCUCUACCUGGCAAGCAGCACUAAGCGUGCGUUAGCUGUAUUAUGGACCAUUUUUGCUGUGAUGCUCGUCCUAGUUUCCUGCGGACUUUUCUUUCCGUUUUCAGGUGAUGCAGCGAGUCCACGACCCAAAAGAGUCAUUCUCCAGCACAUCACACGCACUUUUCACGCUUUGGAUGGCUCUUUGGAGAAAACCGAUUCCGGUUUUUGGAUCAACAGCUUCGAUUAUACGGGAAUGAGCCACAUCACCCCUCACAUUCCCGAGAUUAACGACACCAUCCGAAUGCGCUGCAGCGACGAGUUACCCUUCUGCGGUUUUCCCUUUUUCCUUCCCGUCAAAUUCCUCAUCAAGAAGAACUGGUAUCUCCCAGCUCCUGCAGUGUCCACUAAUAAUCCACUGGAGUUUAAACUGCUAUCCAAACACGUAUCAGAAUGGGGAGCGGUAAAGUUGAGCUUUGAAGCUAAAGGUCCGAGUCACAUGACCCUGUACAUCCUGCCACACGUGGGAGCUUCACUCACCGGCUGGUCGUUUGCAGACGGGACGCCACGGUACGAUCUGGACGGAGAAUACUUUAUAUUUUACUCUCACGGGGUGAAUACGGGACCGUGGAACUUCUGGAUCGAGGUUCAGCCAUCUUCAGAGCGUACGGAAGAGGACAGCAUGGUCUCCAUCGCCAUCUCAGCUCACUAUUUAUUCGGAGAUGAUCAGCACACUCCUGAACUCAAUGUGUUUAUGGGGAAAUUUCCAGAUUGGGCUUUUGCGACUUCAUGGGUCAGUACUUACCACAUGUACCAGUACUGAGAGCUGAGAAUCAAACUAAAGCAUGACUGCAGAGAGAGUCUCUGUGAAACAGA